CGACAAUGUUUCCUUUGGAUUAUUAUUAAUUUUUGCGUUUUACAAAAGCACGUGAAGGCAACACGAGCCCUAGCAACCACGGCAGCAUCGUUCAGUGUACCAUAGCAACCAUGGAGGAUAAGAUUUCGCCGACGGAAGAAAAAGGCAAAGAGGUCAUAGAAGAACAAGAAGAACUCUACAACCAAAUCGAAGAAAUCAAACGUUCCAAUGCAGCCCUCCUGGCAGAGAAUGACAUGCUGGAGCGCUUCAUCAGCCGCCUGGAUCUUCAGGACCUGGUGUCCCAGGAUGGGGGAGACGGUUUGGGGAUAGCCAGAGCCUCCCAGCUGGAGGGUGGGGGUCGUGGAAGGAGGCGGAGGUCCCGGUCCAACACAUCAAAUCGUCUUCAUCAGCUGACCGUUGAACAAAAACUUUAUGUGGCACAGAGAGAAGUAACAGAGACACGACAAGACCAGGAGAAACUCAAACUAAGAUAUGAGAGAAUUCAGGACAACUACAAGGCUUCUCUGGAAGAGGCAGAAUUGCGUCUUGCAGAAAUCAGGAAGGCUAAGAGCGAGUUUGAACGCAAACUGCUUAAACCCCUGAAGGACAACAGGUUGGAAACGAAGAAGCCUGAGAAGGUGCUCCAGUAUAUCGAAGAUAAGUCAAUGGUCACCCAGCUGGAGCAGUUUUAUCUGAAAAACCAGGCACUGAAGGUCCACGAGAGGAAGCUCCGACAGCAGCUUCAACAGAAAAAAGAGAUGCCAAAAACUGAGUAUGAGGAAAAUUUCCAGGACUACAGUGAGCAGAGAAUUUCCAAAAACCUGCAUGAGCUUCAAGUCAACAGUUUGAAAGUGCAGCGUGCCCUCAGUUCACACAAGGAGAGGCUGCAGAGUGUGACAUUGGAGUCCGCAGAACUGAGCAUUGACAUCAGCAAGAGGAAGCAGAUGCUGGCAAAACUUGAGGAGGAGAUACAGCGUGCUGAGGAGGAACGUUCAAAGGCAGAGACUCUCAACCAACACCUGCACCGCCAGAUUACAGAUUACCAGGCCCCUGAUAUCACUGAAUACAUGCAUGUCAAGGCCAGACACAAGAAGCUGCAGCAGAGCAUUCACACCUGGGAGAGGAAGGUUAGGAUUGCUCAGAUGGCCUCGAAGACCCACGCUAAGGCCUGGAACACACAGAGAGCCACUUUUACUCCUGCAUGCAGCGCUGAGGCUGGAUCUAGAUCUGGGGAACACCAAAUCUCAGUAAAGCUCCCAUACAUAGCAGAGCACAACACAUAG